UUCACCUCCACUUUACGAGGCUUUUCUGUGUUUAAAAACGUGAAACGCCACAUUUUAAUUCAACGUCAAUGCGACAUUUAGUUAGAUAAGUGAAUCGUGGGCCUUCUACCGGGAGCGGGAAACCAAAAACAAGUCACAGACGCGGUGACAACGGGUGCUGCAAACGGCGGUGGCGGUUUCAUCAGCAGCUCUUCGGGGGGAGGAGUCGUUCACAGGCGAAGUCCACCUCUGUUCAAUUACUUCUGUGAUAAUUUAUAGAAUAACGGGUUUACGAAGAUGAGAAUAACUCUAUAGAAGAUGUUGCACGGGGGCCGGGGCAAGUAGACAGCCUACGCGAGACAAGCCACGGGACUUCAGGAGGUUAAUGACCGUGAAGGCAUCACGCUGGCCAUGCUGCUGCGCAGGUUGACCCUGUGUUCGGGGAUCCAGCUGGAGCACCAGAGACACGCACGCCUCGCCAGAGCUCUCGCCCAAGCUCCCCAGAGGGCCCACGGCAGCUCCUUUGCACACCGCAGUGAACUGCGUCAGGCCAAGAGGAUCGUGGUCAAGCUCGGCAGUGCGGUGGUCACCCGUGGCGAUGAAUGUGGCCUGGCACUGGGGAGGCUGGCCUCCAUUGUGGAGCAGGUGGCCAUGCUGCAGAGUCAAGGCAGAGAGAUGCUGAUCGUCACCAGUGGAGCGGUGGCCUUCGGCAAGCAACGAUUGAGACACGAGAUCCUGCUGUCCCAGAGCGUCCGACAGGCGCUGAACUCGGGACACAAUCAGCUCAAAGACAUGGCUCUGCCGGUGCUGGAGGCCCGGGCCUGUGCUGCGGCGGGACAAAGUGGCCUGAUGGCCCUGUAUGAGGCCAUGUUCACCCAAUACAGCACUUGCACUGCACAGGUCCUGGUGACAAAUCUGGAUUUCCAUGACGACCAAAAGAGGCAGAAUCUGAACAGCACACUGCAGGAGCUCCUUCGUAUGAACAUCGUACCCAUCAUCAACACCAACGACGCCGUGGUGCCCCCGCCGGAGCCCAACAGCGACCUGCAGGGGGUGAUCAGCAUCAAGGACAACGACAGUCUAGCGGCGCGCCUCGCUGUAGAGAUGAAGGCUGACCUCCUCAUCGCGCUGUCUGACGUGGAAGGACUUUACAACAGCCCCCCUGGAAGAGACGACGCCAAGCUCAUCGACAUCUUCUACCCUGGAGACCAGCAGUCCAUCAUCUAUGGCACAAAGUCCAGAGUUGGAAUUGGAUGCAUGGAGGCCAAGGUCAAGGCUGCCAUGUGGGCCCUGCAAGGUGGCACCUCAGUGGUCAUUGCAAAUGGCACCCACCCCAAAGUAACAGGGCAUGUCAUCACUGACAUUGUGGAGGGCAAGAAAGUGGGAACCUUCUUCUCUGAGAUCAAACCUGCUGGCCCAACUGUGGAGCAUCAGACAGAAAUGGCCCGCGCUUCUGGAAGAACCCUGGCAUCCCUGCACCCCGACCAGAGGAGCGAGAUCAUCUGCCAUCUUGCAGAGCUGUUGACUGACAAAAAGGAAGAGAUUCUGACUGCCAACAAGAUGGACAUGGACCUGGCUGUAAAUGCAGGCCAUUUGCCAGCAGCCAUGCUGAAGCGCCUGAGUUUGUCCCCAGCCAAACUUUGCAGCCUGGCCAUCGGUCUGCGUCAGAUUGCCGUGGCCGCCCAGGACAGUGUGGGUCGUGUGCUGCGCAGGACCAGGGUGGCUCACAACCUGGAGCUGGAGCAGAUCACUGUGCCCAUUGGAGUUCUUCUGGUCAUCUUUGAGGCCCGACCCGACUGCCUGCCGCAGGUUUCAGCGUUGGCCAUAGCCAGUGGGAACGCCCUCCUGCUGAAGGGAGGCAAGGAGGCAGCCAACACCAACCGGGUCCUCCACCAGCUUACCCAGGAAGCCCUUUCCCUGCAUGGAGUCAAAGAGGCAGUGCAGCUGGUGAGCACUCGCGAGGAGGUGGAGGAUCUGUGCCGACUGGACAAGAUGAUCGACUUGAUUAUCCCUCGAGGUUCAUCCCAGUUGGUGAGGAACAUCCAGCGGGCGGCGAAGGGCAUCCCGGUGCUGGGUCACAGCGAGGGAAUCUGCCACGUCUACGUCGACGCGGAAGCCAGCGCGGACAAGGUCAUCAAAAUCGUCAGAGACUCCAAGUGCGACGACCCGGCUGCAUGCAAUGCCAUGGAAAGCCUGCUGAUUCACCGGGACGUCCUCAGGAUGCCACUGUUUGACCAGAUCAUCGACAUGUUGCGCGCUGAAGGGGUGAAGAUUCACGCGGGCCCUCGGUUCGCCUCCUACCUGACCUUCAGCCCGUCCGAGGCAAAGUCCCUGCGGACCGAGUACGGGGAUCUGGAGUGCUGCAUUGAGGUGGUGGACAGCAUGCAGGAGGCUGUGGACCACAUUCACAAGUAUGGCAGCUCCCACACCGACGUCAUCAUCACCGAAAAUGAGGACACCGCUGAGCAGUUCCUGCAGCUGCUGGACAGCGCUUGUGUUUUCUGGAACGCGAGCUCACGUUUCGCCGACGGCUACCGCUUCGGACUCGGAGCAGAGGUCGGCAUCAGCACUGGGCGUAUCCACGCCCGAGGCCCCGUCGGGCUGGAGGGGCUGCUCACCACCAAGUGGGUCCUGAGAGGGGACGGGCACACAGCGGCGGACUUCUCUGAACGGGGCACCAUGAAGUACCUCCAUGAAAACCUGCCCGUCGUGCAACCGCUCGCCGAGCAGAGGGGCAGCAACUAGACCGGAGACUUCCACGAACUUCUGAAGCACACGGCGUGGAGAGGAAAGGUUCACACACCGACGGUCCAUUUUAUACGGACAACCACAAAGUUGUCCCCGUUUAGACUUCAGACCGCCUCUAGGAGUUUACAAAUAUUUCAAAUUCUACCUCAGCUUAUGAAUCUUUGAUAUGAGUUGAGUAAAUCAUCCGCAUAGGCUGCUGCAGUUUGUAUUAUGUGGCAGUCACAACACAAUAUCUCUCCAUUAUUGGAUUAAUUGGAGUGCUGUGAGUAAGAAUAGAGUUAACUAAGAUUACAUUCUUUGAGACUAUUUUUAUAUCAAAGGAAACUGAAGUGCUUGAAAUUCUUCUUCUAAUAAAGCAAUCUCAGGAUUUUGAAACUGACGCUAAUUCACAGAAACAUAUUAUUCAUUUCAUCGUCAUGUGUGUAUGAGAAAGAAGUUGAAAUUCUUUCUUCAAGCAGUCGCGGGCAUUGACAAUCUUCUCAAGCUCCCACCAACUAUGCUCAUUUGAAUAUGUAUACAAAGAUAAACAUGCAUCUAUAUCUAAGAUACAUGUGAUAUUGUACAUCAUUCCAUAAACAAAUUGUCUGCUAUUAUUGUACAUAUAUUGUAUAACUGUAAGGCCUCAUUUUAUUUUAGCUGGGUGCAUUGGCUCAAUCCCUUCUCGGUUCACGCUGAUUCUACAGUCAAUGUUUUCUUUGUUUAUGGAACAUCCUUUUUUUCAUUUCUUUUUGCAAUUUCCGAUUUGAUCUUCUAAAUGUACACAUGUUUAUGAGAUGAGGUGCUUAUCUAUAUGUCAUUUCAGACUUGGAAAUAACACCGUCACAUAUCAAGUUGGCAUUUAAUAGAAGACAAUUUAACUUUUUCUCAGUUUAACCAAAUUCUGGUGUGUUUAGAGAUGAAUAUUUUCAGUUUUUAAUACUUAAUGACAUAAUGAACAUUUAUACACAAGUAUCAGAAAUGUACCAGUUUUGUUUUGCAGCAAUAAAAGUUAGAAUACUU